CGCUUUUGUGCGCCGCCCCGCGCCCCGCCGCCGCCGCCGCCGGGACCAGCGCAGCCGAGCGGAGCCGGGUGUAGGGAUCGCGGUGCUCCGAGUCGCCGGUCAUGGCUCUCCGCCGGUAGCCGCGAACGCCGGACCGGGUGGAUGCUUGAGAGUGGAGGAUAAGGUGCAAGUGUCUGGCUGGGACCGGUGGAAUGGAGGCCUGAUGUAGAUGGAAAGAUGGAUGAAGAAGAAGCUCUGAACUCUAUUAUGAAGGAUUUGGCAGCGUUGGGCAAAUGUGGGGGGCUGCUGGACAACAACAGGAAUAAAAACAGCGUCCACUCCAGCAAACAGCAGCGAAAUGUCAGGAUCAAGUUUGAAUAUGAAGGAGAGAAAAGGAUUAUCCAGUUUCCAAGACCAGUCAAAUUCAAAGAAGUGGUGCAGAAGGUCACGGAUGCUUUUGGACAGACGAUGGACUUAGUCUGUGUGAACAAUGAGCUCCUGAUCCCGCUGAAAUCCCAGGAAGAUUUGGACAAAGCGAUGGAACAGUUGGAGCUGAGCCCUUCCCUGAAAAGCCUACGGAUCCUUGUGAGCGCUCCAAAGAAAGCGAAUCUCCUGCAGCCAAACAACAGUAAACAGCAUGAAAUGAGGAUCUCCAGAUCCAUGGGCGAUAUCAUGGGAUCCCUGUACAAGGACUCCGAGAGGACGCGGAAGUAUUCAACAGGCUCUCUGCACACCGGCCGGAGCUCUCCGCCCCCGGGGAGCGUUCCCGAAGAGCAGCAGCAGAUUGCCCGCCAGGGGUCCUAUACCAGCAUCAACAGCGAAGGCGAGUUCAUCCCUGAGACCAUGGAUCAGAACAUGCUUGAAGCUUUCAUCAGCCCCGACGAGUCGCUGUCUGGGAGCUGCCAGUCACUGGACAGAUCUGUGGACAGCCCUCCCUUUACCCAAACCCCUGUUCCUGGAAGGAAGAGCCAUCCCAAAGACAGUCUUGAUUGCAUGGAUUUCGACAUCCCAUUCUGCGAGAGAUUUGGGAAAGGUGGGACCUUCCCAAGGCAGUACCACCUCUCCCAAAGUCGCAAGGACUACAGUGAUGGCCGGAGGACUUUCCCCAGGAGUUACUUCCCACAGGAGAACCUGUUUCAGCUUGUCCCUUCUAGCCGAACCAAGAGCUUUAACGGGGACAGCAAGCUCAGCACCUUGCAGUACAACGAGUACAGGCCCAAAUGGUGGAACAAUUGUGAAAAAAGCCUGCAGGUCUUCAGCACCUCCCCUACGAAAGCUAGGAACUCCCUGCAGGCACCUGUGAACUGGAGGCUGGGGAAGCUGCUUGGAAGAGGAGCUUUUGGGGAAGUCUAUCUCUGCUACGAUGCUGACACUGGCCGGGAGCUGUCGGUGAAGCAGGUGCCUUUCGACCCCGACAGUCAAGAGACGAGUAAAGAGGUGAAUGCCUUGGAAUGUGAGAUUCAGCUGUUGAAGACUCUCCGUCACGACAGGAUAGUGCAGUACUACGGGUGCUUGCGGGAUCCUGAGGAGAAGAAACUGUCUAUCUUUGUUGAAUACAUGCCAGGGGGCUCAAUAAAGGACCAGCUAAAAGCUUACGGUGCUCUGACCGAGAACGUCACACGGAAGUACACCAGGCAGAUCCUGCAGGGAGUCUUCUACUUACACAGCAAUAUGAUUGUCCACCGGGACAUUAAAGGUGCCAAUAUUUUGAGAGAUUCUGCUGGAAAUGUGAAACUUGGAGAUUUUGGGGCCAGCAAACGCAUCCAGACCAUCUGCAUGUCUGGGACUGGGAUUAAAUCUGUCACGGGAACGCCAUACUGGAUGAGCCCAGAGGUUAUCAGUGGAGAAGGCUACGGAAGAAAAGCUGACGUGUGGAGUGUGGCCUGCACCGUGGUGGAGAUGUUAACGGAGAAGCCGCCCUGGGCAGAGUUCGAAGCCAUGGCGGCUAUUUUUAAAAUCGCCACCCAGCCGACCAACCCCCAGCUCCCCGACGGCGUCUCGAACUCCUGCCGCAACUUCCUCAAGCAGAUCUUCGUGGAGGAGAAGCGGAGGCCGACGGCCGAGGACCUGCUGAGACACCCCUUCGUCAACUGUGGGCUCUGAGCCCCUGGCAGCGGGGAUGGGGAAGUGCCGGCGGGAGGGGGGCGGCCGUCAGACCCGCGGCCUUUUGCGCUCAGCAGCUCAGACCUCCGUCCUGGGCCGUCCUGGCAGUGCCCCCCGCGGGUACCUUCUUGCUCGGCACCGGCUCGGUACCCACCGCGUUGUUGGAUUUCCAAGCUGCGCUCGGGAUCUUCGGCACUGGGAAUUCAGAACGAAGAAUUUUCCCGGACUGGGCGGGUGCUGGCUUUGGACCAAGUAACCUUCUUGCUGCCAGCGAUGUCAGGGUCGUCCCCCCCUCGCCAUGUUACUUAUCUCUUGGGGAAAAUACGGCGAAUGGGAUCUGUCCCGCCGCCCCCAGCAUGACAGCGACGUUGGCAGCAUCCCUGGGAGCAGCGGAGGAAUAAGAUGCUCAGUGGCGAUCACCACCUUGCGCAGGGGAACAGACAGAGGCUUCAGCCAAGCCGGAGGGAGAUGAUCCUCAGACCGCAGAGUCGGGGGGACCCGAGUGUCCCCGUUCACACAAGGGGACCGAACCCUCCUGGAGGUCGCGGGACCAGCCGGCGUCUCCAGCGGGGCGGCCUUUAAUACUGUUCUGUGCCUUAAGCGGUUACAAUCAAGGAGUGAUGCUCAACUCGGCACAAAGCACGGAGUCGGGCGCAAUGAUGCAGCAGCCGUGUUGACUUUGCCUUUGUGUGUGCGUGCGUGUGUGCGUGAGAGUCGUGGAAGAAGGGGUCUUCUCGGGGCGUGGGAGGUCUCUGCGGGGUACACGCAUGGACGGAUGCCUGGGACCUCUGCCACGGGCACUGUGGAGGGGUGUUGAAACGCUGUUGACGCCUGCGGUGGGCAGGGCUGAGCACCGGCCCGUUCCUGCUGGGAACAGCCAGGGUUCAGACAUGGAGAGCCUUGGCGAGGGCAGCUCUCUGCUCGUAGCCAUCACCCUGCUGACCCGUGCCCACGUGGCUGCGCUGGGGCUGGGAGGGGUGCCAACGUGUUUUGGAAGCGGAGCUGCAGGAGGAGCCCAGUGGCUCUCCGUAAAACCCAAGCGGGUGCCUAAAAUUAGGCAGAGAGGACCGGCACCUGUGGCCGGGUGUCUUCUCCUCCGUGCCUCAUGGGACCAGCCCUGAGGACGGGGAUGUCACCUCUGCGGGGGUGCCGAGGGAGCAGCUGCAGGCCCACGAAGCCACAGGCGGGGAGAGCCGGAGCUGCCUCCAUCGAGGGCAGCUGGAAACAGAUUUCUUCAUGCAGCAUAUACCUGAAGUUGUAGGAGAAAAUGGGCCAGUUGAAAGCAGAGUUGGGCUACAGCCUCUUUGACCAGCCGAAAAACCUGGGGAAGGAGCAAGCAGAGUCUCUGGAAGCUAAUUAAUUAACCAGAUCUUGGUUAUUUUGAGCGAAUUAAUUGCACCAUCCCCCCUCCCCUUUCCCUGCUGCAUUAGCCGUUUCCACUUAUCUCAGUAAGGGGUUAAAUAAGCAGAUACUGGGGUGUUGCCAGCUUCAGGCCAAGGAGUCACACACAGCCUUAUUUUAAUUUUGUUUUUUUUUUUUUAAAUUGAAAAUGCAAAGUGGUGCUUGGACUGAAGGGGAAAUUGAGAAAUUGGUUGUUCGUAUGACUUCACGCAUCCUUGAGUUCUUCUGCGUGGAAGGGAUGAAGACGUCGCACCGCUGCUGUGGCGGUGGGAGCGUUUCCUCGGCCGCAGCUCCACAAAGAGACGCAAAAAUUCGAGUUAUUUCAAUUUAAAGAAAACCAAGACCUGGUAGUACUAGGGCAAAUUAAAAGAAGUAGUUAAAAGGGUUCCUGGAGGCCAGUUCCUCCCCAGGCUGGGCUGUGGCGAAGCUGGGGCGGGGGCAGCACUGGGGGGUUCACGAGCGUGGUGGUGAUGGGCAGCUCUCCUCGCGGGGGGGUAAAGUCAUCCCCUUCCUCUGGGGGGAAAAAUGAAAAAUUUUAUUCUGUGAAUAGGACCAAAUCCAUCUGUCCCUUCUGUAACAUGGGACGGAUGGGGAAAAAAAAAAACAAACAAACGAAACACACAAGAAAACAAAAAUAAUCAGUGUUGGCUGGGAAGGAUUUUUGUCAGAAAAGUGUGUUUUCAACAAAGCUAAAAAAAAAAAAAAAAAAAAACCCAAAAACAACCCAACCAACCCGUGUUUAAGCUGUUUUCUCCUCUUCCGUUGAAUCUGUUCAGGUUUGAUUUUCUCAGCCCUUCGGUGGUGGGUGGGUGUUUUUCCUUCUUUCCAAAGCCUUGAGGGGGCAAAACGGGGCUCCCGGGGCCCCUAAACCCUCCCGUGGAUGGAUGCGGCCUGUGUGCGGGGCUGUGCGUGUGGGUACGUGUGUGUGUGCGGGGCUGUGCGUGGGUACGUGUGUGUGUGUGGGUAUGUGUGGGUGUGCGUGUGUGUGUGGGUACGUGUGUGUGUGUGUGUGCGCGCGACUCGCUCCUCAGGUGCCUUUGCCUUUUUGUUUUUUAAAACCCUUGCAGUGUUCUGAUGUACAGAAUGGAACUAGGAAAAGAGAAUGUAAUAUUAUGCCAUGUAAAGUUGGGGUUUUUUUGGUUUGUUUGGUUGGUUUUAGUUUUGUUUUAUUCUGCCGGUUAUGGGGCCCAGUGUCUUUCCCUGCCACGCGUCCAUGGGGAACUGAUUUUCUCCGGGGGGGGGCUGGAGCGGGACACCUCCUGUCCCCUGCACACCAGUACAGCCCCUUCCCCCUAGGACUGGUCCCAGUAGGCAGCAGCUGUUGGGGGUGCAAGGGGCCGCCUGGCGCCACCGUCCCGGGGGGGUGAUACGGUGGGGACGGAGCUGGGGGCUCCUGGGCUUUACUGGAAAUAAUGAAUCUGGGCAGCUCUCGCGCCCCGCGGCUCUGCCCGUCCCUCUGUGCUGGCAGCUGCUGGCCUCAGGUGCUCCAAACAC